CGCAGCAUCAACAGUCACGGUACCUUAGGGAUGUGGCAGCAAUCUCGACAGCUAAAAAUGCGCCGUGAAAUUCUCAAAGUGUGUCUUCUGUGAGAAGACAAAGAAGAAAUCUAAACGCGAGAGGGGGGAGAACAAAUCGCGCGGAUGUGCAUCAGCCGCUGCAGACAUUUCCAACGGUGCCUGCUCGCGCCCGCCUGCCUCGGCUCUGUCGUUCGAGACUGCGAAGCGCGUCGGAGCCGGUGAGCGAGCCAAACUAACCUUUAGGAGACAAGAGAGAGAGAGGAGUCCACUUCUUCAGAUACCCCCGCUGUCACCUGCGUUUGGACCCCCGGAGUGUCCUCUGGUGUGCAGCUGACACACUGCAGCGAGCCUGGACAUAAGAAGCCCACGUUCCUACACAUCUUAAUGGAAUGCAGCCGGAUACAUUAUUAAUGUCAAGCCUGGAAUACCCCUCUGCCACUUUGAUGUGUGAGCACACCCACCAAUAAUGGCCCAUAGGAUACGCAGUGGAAAUACAGCUGAGGCAGACGUGUUCAUGUAUCCCGUUCAGGUCAACCUGCAGACCCUCUCCCACAGACACUUCUGACUUUUACAAGAUCCCAGUGAGAGCUUGCGCAGCAUGCGGCUGGUGUGGAAAUCCCUGGACAAGAUGAGGUGUCUGAGGAAACGCUCCACGAUCCCCUUCCUCGGCUUCCUCAUCACCUUCCUCCUCUUCCUCAACCUCUACAUCGAAGAUGGCUACGUCCUGGAAGGAGAUAAGAGGCAGCUCAGGGAAACGUCCGUCCACCCUUCGAGCUCAGAGCGAUACGUUCACACCUUCAGAGACCUGAGUAAUUCCUCUGGAACCAUUAAUGUCACGUAUCGUUAUCUCGCUGGUACCCCAUUGAACCGCAAGAAGUAUCUCACCAUUGGACUUUCAUCAGUGAAAAGAAAAAGAGGAAACUACCUUCUGGAGACGAUCAAGUCCAUCUUCGAUCAGUCCAGUUACGAGGAGCUCAAAGAGAUUGUGGUCGUGGUCCACCUGGCAGACUUUGACCUGGCCUGGUGUGAGAACCUGGUGCAGGAAAUCACCAGGAAGUUUGCCCACCACAUCAUAGCCGGACGCCUCCUGGUGAUCCAGGCCCCCGAGGAGUACUACCCAUCUCUGGACGGCUUGAAAAGGAACUACAACGACCCGGAGGACCGCGUCCGUUUCCGCUCCAAGCAGAACGUGGACUACGCUUUCCUCCUCAACUUCUGCACGAACCUCUCUCACUUCUACAUGAUGUUAGAGGACGACGUGCGCUGCUCCAGGAACUUCCUGACGGCGCUGAAGAAGGUGAUCACCUCCAGAGAAGGUUCCUACUGGGUGAUGCUGGAGUUCUCCAAGCUGGGCUACAUCGGGAAGCUGUACCACUCCAGAGACCUGCCACGUCUGGCUCAUUUCCUCCUCAUGUUCUACCAGGAAAUGCCCUGCGACUGGCUCCUCAUCCACUUCAGGGGGCUUCUGGCCCAGAAGGACGUGAUCCGCUUCAAGCCCUCGCUGUUCCAGCACAUGGGCUACUACUCCUCUUACAAAGGAGCCGAGAACAAGCUGAAGGACGACGACUUCGAGGAAGACUCCGUAGACAUUCCUGACAACCCUCCUGCCAGCCUUUACACAAACAUCAACGUCUUUGAAAACUAUGACGCCACCAAGGCUUACAGCACUGUGGAUGAAUAUUUCUGGGGGAAGCCUCCGUCCACCGGAGAUUUCUUUGUCAUAGUCUUUAACAAAUCUACCAAAAUUAGUAAAAUUAAGAUUUCUACUGGUUCUGACGACCGUCUGAAUGACAUUCUCCACCACGGAGCUCUAGAGGUCGGGGAGAAACUGGUUGGAACUAAAAAAGGGAAACAGUGUUCCUCUUAUAUCACAUUAGGGGAGUUUAAAAAUGGCAACAUUGAGGUUCAAGACGUAGACCACAAAAUUGCCUUUGACAUUGAGUGUGUUCGUGUUGUGGUGACAGCCAGUCAGAAAGAAUGGCUCAUUAUUAGAAGUAUAAGUUUAUGGACUACACAACCCCCCAGCCAAUAAAGACUAUACACAAAGACUCUUAGUAUGUCGUAGUGGCAAAGGUUUUUAUUUAAAAUGUGUGUAUUUAUUCACUUUGUAUGUAUUUAUUGAUACUCAUUUUGAUUGCCAAAUCAAUCUAUAGUUUUUUAUACUUGCAAGUUGUUAUCUUAGUACUCAUGUUCCCAGUCGGGACUGUUCAGCUGACCUCAGUAUCCAUCAACGUAUGUUUUCUGAAAUGCUCCAUAAGCCUUUAUUUAUUUCAGAUUUCCAAAGCUGUCCUUGCGCCAUAAUUCAGUAUUAUGUUUUACCAACUUUAAGGGAUAUAAUCAUAUGUUAUGUUAUUGUUUUUACAACAUUCUCAUGUACAAAUCCUAUGAAAAGACCAAAUCCAACAAUGAAUUCAUCCCUAACAAGUCUGUAUCUUCUACGUGCCAUAGAGCUCCAUUGUUGUCCAGAAACUAUUAAAAUCAGUGAGCCACAGCGUUUCAUUGGUCACGUGUUGCAGUACUUCAUUACAAUAAACCUGGUCACUGUAGUUCAUUUGGAGUCAGUCCCUUAUACGUGCUGUAAAUACGAAUGUGUAAUAAUCCACACCUUAAAAUGUUCUUUUUGUUAAAUGUACGCUUGUGGUUGAGAGUCAUACACAUAAACUGCUGAGAGAUUCACACAUUUCAGUUUUUUGUCUUUUCAUGGGAUUUGUUACCAAACAUAAACACACCAGCCUUACCAUGCAACGCUUCGAAGCUAAAUGUAGUUGGAGUUAUGAAGGUGUCUUGUUUCACACAUUUAAAGAGCAUCACAGUAAAACACGUUUUCAUCAUUUGAAAUCAGAAAUCUCUUCAGAAAAGGUGAAGAAUGAAGACGAGUCUUACUUAGGGAGCAGCGUACUACUCGUUUAAUACAUUUGUGUUAAUUGUAUUGCAAUGGACCACUGACCGUUGCACACAAAGGAUAGUUAAUAUGAAGUGUAACUAAAUUCUUUUUAGAAAUGGGUUCUCCUUGAAAAUAUCGUCCAAUUAAAGCUAUUGUGUCUUCUUCAAUUUCUCAUGCCUGAUAUUAAGCCUGCAAAUGUCUCUCUGAGAUUCCUCUCUGAGAAUGUCCUCAUUUGGCUCUUAAUUAUUUCCCUCCUUGAAAACCCACCAGGAAAGUAUCAGAGGUCAUUUGUUUGUCUUUAAUAUUCCUCAUGUCACACCUAACUUUAUCCAGUUUCCAAUAUCCUUUCCCACUUUUAUAAUCUUCCUCAUUUAGUUUGAGGCGAGCGUGUGAGUGGGCUGAGCUCUCUCGCAGGCGCUGUACAGUGUGUUCCAUCAGGGCUGCUGACAGGAGAACAAUGUUUGUUUUCACCCAUCUUCUCCAAGAGCUGAGAUUAGAUUGCACAGUGAAGAAUGAGCAAGGUCUGCUCUUAGGUCUUUUCUGUUUUUUUUCACCACAGCACAAUUUUCCCCCAGUAAAUUGGUCUGUGUUUGCCUCACUCUCUACACCAGCAAAACAACAUCUCCCCUGAAGCUAUAGGAUCUCAAUUCGCUCUUUCCACAAUGUUGCGCUCUCACAACUCCAAUGUUUCUGCUCCUACAUGGUUGCCUCUCUGUGAUCUUUGCUCUCGCUCCACGCAGUCUGCUGCUGCUUUGGAGAAAGUUGCAUCGGCUUUCCUUUGAAGAUCCUUUUUAAAUUCUCCACCUUGCUUUAUGUUGUUUAACGGCAAACGAGAAUUAACGCUGCACAUGUUAACUCGUGAUCACAACGGCGCUCCGGGCGAUUCAGAGCAGUGCUUUGAAAAUAACCUUUUUCCCCGUGUUCAUGUAUUUACGAGCUGUCGAUGAGUAAUGUUCAGUGACAGAUUUGUGUCUACGUUGAAAUGGCAUCAGAAAAUCUCACCAAUGCAAUAAAGAGGUAAAUGUUUACACGACACUGACGUUCCUUAGGAACACGAGGUGGAGGCAGAUCGUCAUUAAGCAUGCUGCGACCGUUUUGUGAAGCUUUGUUCAGUUCCGCUGUCGCGUCGGCCACCUGUUCUGUGUUUUCCCUAAAGGUCUUGUUCAGUGUCGCAGUUCGAGACCUUUCACAGAUUGGCUUGUACCGCCACCUCAGCAAAUCCCCCAUGUGCUAUCUGAAAUGAAAUUAGAAUGCCCACCGCCACCGCCACAAUAUAGCUUAUUGUUUUUCCUCAGCAUUUCCCUUGGAAAGCCACUAUUCAUUUUGGUGAAUGAUUCCGUGACCUGCAUGGAUCAGGUCCUCGGAGGCGAUCUCCCUUGAACGGACGAUGCUCAGAAACAACAAUCUACAUUGUGUGGUAUUCUCCACGACGCACACAGCCUAGUAUUACCUGCUUAUGAGCUAUAAACACAUGAUGUCACCGCGGGGCAGUUAGCUGUUUUACAAGUGUAAUGGAUGGCUUUGAUACGCCUCGUGCCCAAAUAGAGCAAUCGUGUUGAGGCUGAUAUUUCUGCAGGAGAAAUUGCUGUCUGAUCUUUAUUUGAAAUAAGACGCCAGCCAAAACAAGCUGCACGCUGCAGAUUUAUGGACAGAUUUACAUCUUGGGGAUAACAACAAAAGCUGCAUAAAUUCCUCAACUGGAUGUCAGCAAACUGCUGCGCUCAGCAUUCUUUGCUAUUGGUAGAAAUGUUUUGAAACUACAAUCCAUACGAGGGCGUUGAGUGAGCAGUAUGCACAGGAUCAGUUGUUUCACUUACUGCUAAAGGUUCUUUACAACUAAUAAAUCCUAAUCUUCGCUGUCCAUUCGAAGGUUUGUGGAUCACUUGCAGGAACUGUCUAAGUUUGUCUAAUUAUAUUGUCUGCGAGGGUCCGAUUCCCCAAAAGCUCCAAGCAGGUGAUGAGUGUGAAUAUGACGUGUGGAAUAGUUGUUUGACGUGUGAGCUGUCUUCCAGUGGAGCAUGUACAAAGUGCAUGAACAAACAUUUUCAGUGGAUAAAACAACUCCUUUUUGUUUUGUACUGUCAGGAUCUAUGAAUUAUCGUCCAGCUUCUGCUCAUGAAAUUGUACCGGGUGUGUACGUAGAAGCCCCCCCCCCCCCGAUGCUACCUUCCAACAGGAGUCCACAUGUGCUGUAUAUUGUGAAGUGUAGCGAGUGUGUUAGGAUGUUGUUUCCGUGUCUGUUUUACUUUCCAUCGUUCUCUAAAUGGUACUGUAUUGUAAGAUGACAUAUAUUUUUUUACACGUAUCAUUUCAAAUGUUUUAUUGUAAAUAUUGUAUUCAAAAAUGAAAUUAGAUUAAACGAAUGAAUGCCAA